CAUACUAGUCGAGACGAUGAUGAAAGGAGUGGUAUAGAUGAUUUAUUCUGAGCUAUGAUGUUCGAAUCGUGUAAAUGUAAAAGUCAAUAUCGUUACUUUGCUUCAAACGACUGGAUUGCACUCUCGAGUCAAAAUCUGUGUGUCGGUCAAGUGAAACUAGAGUAAUAGAAAACGCUAACAGAGUAACUGCACGGGUACAUUACCACGCUCUAUUAUCAUUGGUAUUGACUGAAACGUCAGGUUAAACAUCACCAUAGUAACGUGUUGGUUUUUGAUCAACGUCUUCGCACGACAGAUACGUGUUUUCAUAGCGGAAAACGACUCUGUAAUGAAGCUCAUCAGCUGGACACAUGUGCUGUCAGUGAAAUAAGUGAGAUACAUAUUUACAGGAGGGCCUACAUUCGUUUGGUGCAGGUUUUGUGUAGGCCUAUUUUAGGCUUCAUCGGAAGCAUUGCUACGAUGCCUUAGAAGACCUGCGACGCGUGGACUAGUGAUCAUACUCUAUUAGCCUACUAAGGAAGACUCGUCGAAACGGUAGUCCCAAAAAUUAUGGGUCAACGUCAUUAGUUUCAACGAUGUUCACAGACCAAGAUUUUUUGUAGAUUUCCGGCAAGAAACAACAAGAAUGCUUUUUUUACUAUCAACUCUUGUUUUAGAAUGUGAUUUGUGGGCCUAUCCGUACCGACGAAAACCAAGUUAUUUUAUUGCACAGAUUAAUCUUGGCCUAUAUGUACACAUCUGAAGAUAUAACUCGGCUGUAUACAAAUACUGAUAGCAUUUAGACAAUAGUAUGGGGUGCACUACUUCAGUUGAGAAGGGAAGAAACUCAAGCGCUCCUUUCCAUGAUGCUCCCCAGAAGCAAUCGCCUGUCGACAAGAGACUUCCAUUCACUGCACGUGACAAGUUUAGCCUUCAGAAGUCUUGGAAAGCUGUACAGAGAAGCCUAAAUGAAGUGGGUACUGAUGCAUUUCUCAGAAUAUUUAAAGCUAACCCAGAAUACCAGGAUCUCUUCAAAGACUUAAAGGGUCAGUCACGUGAGCAAUUGAUAGCAAGUUUGGCGUUCGAAAAUCAAGCUGCAAUAAUGAUGAACAUUUUUGACGAGUUGCUGGAAAAACUCGAUGACGUAGACAAUAUGAUUGCAAUGCUACGUGAAAUCGGUGAAAACCACGCCUCGUAUGGCGUAACCGUUGACAUGAUUAAGAACUUUGAAGAACCGUUCACUAAAUCGAUAAAGGAGUUCCUCGGUGACCGAUACACAGAAAACAUAGAAAAUUUGUACAGUAAAUUUAUAACAUUUGCGUUUGAGGAAUUUUGUAUAGGAUUGAAAGAGGCAAGUCUGACCUGACAAGUCGAGUUUCGUUAAACUCUUUCCUGUGUAUGAAUUCAACAGUGUAAUAUUUGAUUGUGUAUACAGUAUUCGACUGCAGACCUUUAGAGUAUUCGACGGCUGUAUUCGUCAUUAUGCCUAAAUUCAGUUUCUACUUUGGAUUAAAAUUUGUUUAUCGCAAGAACUCAAUUUGUGUUAAAUAACUAGCUCUUAAACCAAAUAAAACUUCGAUAUAAUAUUGUAGAAUGAAAGUACAUUCAAAUCCCAAAGUGAAUCUACAAAAUCAUAUCAGAGGUUCAAUCAAUGAUUCGCGUAGUUUGAUAAAUGUAAUAAUGUUAACGUCUUGUAUGCCUCCUUUGUUCUCACGGUUCAACACGAACAGUUAUUGCAUUAUUACCAGAAGCAAUUGAGCACGGAAAUUGAUGGCAGUAAACAUAAUUUUGCACUCAACAUGAUAUUACUCGUUUGGGAAUUGCAUGUAAUAAUUAUGUUUGGGAUGUUCAAAGAAAACGUUAUCAUCGUUUCGUAAAUUAUACCUAUCUAUCGACGUACGAGAAUUCGUAGCCUAGCGCCGUUAAUCUGUACAGUGACAUUCGGGAUUGUAAAUUCAAAUCGUUUUUAUUAAAAUUAAAACAGAUUUGCUAGCAAAGUGCAUCGAUGCAACGACCGAUAAAGAAAUUAAGAUGGAACAAACAUCAGCAAACAAAACUUGUGCAAUCCGUAAAUGUAGACAUCCAAGGACAAAAUAUUAAAGUUGUGGAAAAAUGCUGAGCGACCCUACCCUAGGGUCGAGUCACGUAGAAUCUUUGGACGCUCAUAUUGGAUGUCGUAAAACAUAGCAGACAACAUUUUUUUGGAGGGGGUAGGGGAACGGAAAGUACAUUUACAAACAUUUUUUUAAAUUUCAAGCGAUGACUCGUUUCAACACUGUACUAGCUUGCAACAACUUCGUUUGAGUACAUACUUUGGAGAAAUGAACAUUUGAAAAUAUUGGCAACCGUGAUAUGUUAACGUCUUUGACGUGGAUGGACAAAGUUCGUAAUACUUGAUAAUGCUUGUUAUUGUUAUGUCUUUACUAUUACUUGUAGAUGAUCGCCGUAGAAGACUAUUCCUGAAGUAGUGAAUUAGGAACACGGCAGUUCAGUCUGCAGAAAUAUAUUGAUACUCAAGCAGGCCCGUAUUAAAAGGGUGUGGGGGUGGGGGGGGAUUUAGUAGGUGUGUACGCACUCCCGAGUAGCAGAAGGUCCACAAUUGUUAGUGACAAUUGAGAAAGUACUAUAAUAGAUAGAUAUUCCUUACGUAUAUUACUUUUCACGGUAGAGGUGGCGCCAGGAGCCCGACGGGGGUUUGAUGUCCUCAACUGGGUUGAUGGGUGGGAGGUGUAAGUGGGCGUGGUCAGGCGUCUUUCAAAAUUUAUCGGAAGUGGUCAAGGGGCGAAGCUCCCGAAACUAUGACAAUUAAAGGGUUUCAAAAGGUUCUUUAUUCGAUUUUAGAAUAUACUACUAUGUAAAAAAAAACCCAACGGGGGAGAGGUCUCCAACGAGACUGUCUCCCUUUCCCUGCUGGCGCCAACCCCUGAUUGUAGGCUGAAAUUUAUUAAAGGAUCUAAGACUCCUACUGUCCCCGCUUCAAUCCUACCGACUUUGUCGUCUUGACUCGGCCGGGAUUCCAGGCUACCCCAUAGGUUCAUUAUUAGGCCUAUUGCACACCACCCGCCUCCCCUUGCAGUCCUGGACACAGCCUUAGGCCUACUUCUUCUUUUCAUUAUGAGUGCAUCACUUUGAAUCUCACAUUAAUCAGUCAAUUUAUGUACGGUAUUUAAUUUGUUUAGGCUCAGGGCCAAGGAUAUGCCAAUAGCGAACCCGGAACCUUUCACAAGACAAGCAUAUAUUAAACAAGCUGCUGUACUUAAACUAAUUAGUCUCAGGGAGUUGGUUUUGGAUGUGAGAAAAAAAAUCCCGGACACUGGGAUUGAAAGGCAUGCAGCUUAAUCACGAAGCUAUUCAACUUUACUCCAACUACGCCUAUGUUAGUAAAGAAAUUUAUAAUAUAACGCCAGAAUUCAUAACAGAAAUGUUCAAAUGUGCUCGAACAGCGGCGUCUUAGUUUCAGUGUCAACUGAUUGUGACAUCCUCAUAUGAUGCGGAAGAGAAUUCCAAAGAUGAGGUGCAUCACAUGAACAUGCUUAUUUUCCAAAAAACUCUAGUGUAUAUAUAUGUACAUAGUGGGUGGUCCUUUCAGAAGGACAAAUUUCACAUUAUUUUCAAGAAGUUAUUUUAACCCCCUUUUUUUUUCAGAAUAUCGCUUUUGUACUUAAAAUAACUUCUUGAAAAUAUCAGUGUAGGAUUGGGAUGUUAUUCUUUUUUGAGUAUUACAAAGUAAAGCAAAUUAUUAAUUGAGACGAUGUAUAUUUUUGAUAGGACUAAUUAAAUCUUAAUUUAAUCAAUGUUAUAUGCUCAACUUCAAUUUUAGUAUAUUAAAAAUUGAAAUAAAUUUUAUUUGUAUUAUAUAUUAAAAUUUAGGGAAUAUAUAGCUUUACAAGAGUAUUUUCUGGUGCAAUAACUUUAUACUUUGCAAUUCGUUUUUUUUUUCAAAUUUGACGUAUGUCCAAGUCAGAGACGGAUUCACCAAAUUAGAGAAUCAUUGUCACUGUAAAAACAACGUGAAGAAUUUAAACACAAAGCUCCACGCAUUUUCCCCGUUUCUGUCGAAGAGCUAACCGUGUUUGGCAUAGCAAAUUGUGCUUACGAUCUUGAGGUGUUUUGCAUUGUUCUUAAGUAGUUGAUACCAUGAUGUCAAAUACCAAACGCAUUUAUUAGUAGGUAUUUCAAGACCUAAACACAUUAAGUAAUGUCUAAACACAGUUAGAUGUUAAACGUGUCACCAUAGCGGGACAAAAUCAUGGAGCUUUGUCUUUCAAUCCUCCACACUGUUUUACAUUGGCAAUGGCAUAGUUAGAGAGGGGGUGGGGGUCAAGGAUGGGCACAUUCCCGGGCCGGGUGCCGGGUUUGGGGGCGCUAAAACGGGAGAAUGAGAGUAAAAAUAAUAAGCACUUAGAAAAACGAAAUUGAUGUAUGUCGUCAUGCAUGAAAAGUUUUCAGUUAAUAAUAAGAAUCUGAAUGUAGUUGUUUAAAAAAAAAAAUCAUGUUGACAGUAGAUAUUUCAAUGAGUUGUGAGCGUUCAGCAAGCUAAGGUUCAUCCUGCCAUAUCGCAGAGCCACGAUGGGACAAGCGAGACUACCGUAUCUACUUUGGCACUCCUUAGUAUUGAACGCGAUGAAGCAGACAACAUUAACUUUGAUCAUGCUAUUAACUUUGCUGAUGCAAAAGCACGCAAAAUGCAGUUGCGAGUUUAAACAAUGUUGCAAAUUUAGCAACUUACAAGACUCUACUAUAAGAUAAAUUUAGAGAAUAAGAAUACUGUACUAAGCUGUAUGUGAUAAAUACAACAGCCUUACAACUUAGGAUAAUGGUAAAGUUGUAUACAAAGUUGCGAACAUCGUAAUGAAGUUUCAAUAGUAAGAAAGAACUUACUAUAUAUGAGAGAAUAAAACUAGUUAUUUGGGUUUAAAUAAUGAUAUUUAGACAGUUUGCUUAUUUUUACAGCGCAUGGUACGGAUGUACGGUAUAUGCUUAAAGCCUAUACAAUCAAUAUCAAUUUAUUUCACAAUAUUAUAAUUAUAAUUGGAGGGCGCAAUUUUCUACACUUUCCCCCGGUCGCCAAAACCUGUAGCUACGCCACUGAAUUACUUAUACAGGUCGUGGAGUGUUGAAAACGAACUCUCAGGCAAACGUUGUGGUGUUAAAAACAUUUCUAGACUUUCACAAAAGAUAUAGGCCUAUAAUAAUCCAGUAUUAAGAAUAAAACAAAGAAUAAAGGCAUACACGACAAUGAGAAA